CUACCCCAGGCUCUCACGACCGUUCCGUAACGACCGCCGCACGACCCCUAACGCCCCCCACACCAAUGGCCCGCCACCCGCUCAUCGGCCAACCCGCCCCGCCGCUCUCGCUCCCUGGCGCUGACGGCGAGACGUACACGCUCACGCCGGGCGAGAAGGGCGUCCCGGUUGCGCUGUUCUUCUACCCCAAGUCCGGGUCCUUUGGCUGCACGAAGGAAGCGUGCCAGUUCCGGGAUGCUCUCGCCGAGAAGGACCUCUUCAAGCGGACCAAGGUCGACAUCGUCGGCAUUAGCUCCGAUGCCGUCGACAAACAGAAGGAAUUUGUCGAGAAGCAGAAGCUGACUUAUCCAGUGCUGAGCGACGCCAACGGCGAGGCGCGUAAGGCCUAUCACGUUGGAAAGGGUUUGUUUGGCCUUACGGAGACCGCCCGAGUAACGUUCUUUGUCGACUCCAAGGGCGUCGUGAGGGAUGUGCUCGACACAACUGUCAACUACAACGCGCACGUGAAAUUCAUCACUAAGUGGUUGGACAAGCUCGAGGCGGAGGACAAGAAGGCCGCGGAGACGCCUGCAGCGCCCGCGGAAGGAGCCGCUCCUGCGACCGCUACGGAGAACGACGCUGCCCCGGGGGCUCCGACUGCUUAGGCAGCUGGAGUUUGAGCUGAUGAACGUUCGCUUCCGAUCUGUUCGACCAUAUGUCAACUCUUCGUACUUCUUUGCGCUGUGUUCGGCCUACCUUACAGUGAUAUAAUGUGUUGAGGAACGUGUCCCGCGUACAGCACAGGCGUCUUCUGCCGGCGAUGGAUCCGGGAGCGGUCGGAGGAUACGAGGACGAGACCGCACUGUGUCCUGUGCCGCUAACCUCGUGUACGUACCUGUCAACGUCACGGAGGUAGCGUCUCAUCUGCGAGAAUGGAAAGCACCGGUCCAACCAGAGAUGGAGAGGCGAGGUGAUUAUAUGACGACAUUAUACGCUCGAGCAUGGGAAGCUGUACAGUACAAGAAGGGAAUGGUGUGUGCGCCGCAGACCGGCGCGCUAUUUGCUCGCAGCACCGCCCAUCAUCUCGGCAUUGUGCUCCGCGAACCGCGCUCCCACCCGCUCUGAGUGCUUCAGGAACUUAUCUGUGCAGUUGAGGACACAUUGUUCCUCUUUUGACGAAAGCGCCUUGCUCGUGAAGUCGUUGCAGCACGAGUUGAAGCACCGCUCGACGAGGCCCGAGUACAUGCGCAUGAAGUCUUGCAUCUGCUUGCGCUCAAUGACACGCGUCAUGUGUGCCUGUUCGGCCGAGCUCAUCUGUGAGAAGUCCAUGGCGGCGAUAUAGGUCUGAAAGGAGAGCAGAAACUAGGGUAGUG